GGCGCUAAGAUCUGGCCGGGGCUGGGGGGCGCGGCGCCAUGGGGGGCCCCCGGGCCGCGCGGCUCCUGUUGCUCCAGCGCCCGGUCAAGCUGCUGCGAAGGCGCUUCCGGCUGCUGCUGCUGCUCGCCCUGGUGUCCGUGGGGCUCUGGACUCUUUAUCUGGAACUGGCGGCGUCGGCCCAGGUCGGCGGGAACCCCUUGAACCGGAGGUAUGGCAGCUGGAGAGAACUGGCCAAGGCUCUGGCCAGCAGGAACAUUCCAGCUGUGGAUCCACACCUCCAGUUCUAUCAUCCCCAGAGGCCGGGCCUCAAGGAUCAAGACUCUGCGCAAGGUGGAAGCGGUAACAGCAGCUACCUGAAGUGGAAUAAGCCAGUCCCCUGGCUCUCAGAGUUCCGGGGCCGUGUCAACCUACAUGUGUUUGAAGACUGGUGUGGCGGCUCCAUCCAGCAGCUGCGGAGGAAUCUCCACUUUCCGCUGUACCCCCACAUCCGCACAACCCUGAGGAAGCUGGCUGUCUCCCCCAAGUGGACCAACUAUGGCCUCCGAAUCUUUGGCUACCUGCACCCCUUCACCGAUGGGGAGAUCCAGUUUGCCAUUGCUGCCGACGACAACGCAGAAUUCUGGCUGAGCCGUGACAAUCAGGUCUCAGGGCUGCAGCUGCUGGCCAGUGUGGGCAAGACUGGAAAAGAGUGGACUGCCCCUGGAGAGUUCGGGAAAUUUCGGAGUCAGAUUUCCAAGCCAGUGAGCCUGUCAGCCGCCCGCAGGUACUACUUUGAAGUGCUUCACAAGCAGGACGCGGAGGGCACGGACCAUGUAGAAGUUGCGUGGCGACGGAAUGACCCUGGGGCCAAGUUCACCAUUAUUGACUCGGCUUCCCUGUCCCUCUUCACAAAUGAGACAGACCUAAGGAUGGAUGAGGUGGGUCACAUCCCCCAGACAGCAGCCAGCCAUGCAGGCUCCCCAGACGCUCUUCCCAGCAAGGAGCAGCCCCCCGCUGACAUGCUACAGCCAGACCCCCGCGACACCCUCUAUCAAGUGCCUUUGAUCCCCAAGUCUCAUCUCCGAUACGUCCUGCCUGACUGUCCCUACAAACCCAGCUACCUGGUAGACGGGCUCCCUUUGCAGCGCUAUCAAGGACUCCGGUUUAUUCACUUGUCCUUUGUUUACCCCAAUGACUACACCCGCCUGAGCCACAUGGAGACACACAACAAAUGCUUCUACCAGGAGAACACCUACUACCAGGACAGGCUCAGCUUUCAGGACUACAUCAAGGUUGACCAGCCUCAGAAGCAGGGGCCGGAGGAACCAGCAGGUUUCGAGGAAGGCCUUCUAGAAGAUUCCCAGUAUGGAGAAGCGGUAGAGGACACCCCUGCCCCAGAUGACGAGAAGGAUCAGACACCAGAGGGGAAACAAGGGCCCUCCACUGCCCCCGGGCAGGACGCCAGCGACCGCAGCCUCCGAAGCCUGCGGAGGCUCCUGGCUUGGUCCCCGGAGGGCCUACCAGCGCCUGCUCCCAGGCAGAACUCCUCGGCCCCCUUCCCAGUAAGGACCAGCAACAUCCUGGUCCAGCCAGCAGAGAAGAGACUGAGGAAACCCAGCCCUGAACCCCAACAGGAUCCACGUCCUCCUGACAAGCGGCCCCCGGGGCACCCGGUAGGGCGUCUGCCUCAGGUGAAGAAGCCCAGGCCGGCGAGUGAGAGCCCUGGGAAGAUGCUGGGGCAGUCCCAGUGGCUGAAUCAGGUCGAGUCGUACAUCGCAGAGCAGAGAAGGGGUGACAGGAUGGAACCUCCCGACCCCGGGAGGGGUUGGCCUGUGGAGGGGGAGGUGGUGGCAGCAGCCGCAGGCCAGGAAGGCCAGGCGGAGGGGGAGGACGAGGGGGAGGAGGAGGGCGACGAGGAGGAGGAGGAGGACGUGAGUGAGGUGCUGGAGUACCUGUCCAUGUUUGACCCGGUGGUGAACUGGGACCGGACCUUCAGCGCCCGCAACCUGGACUUCCAAACCCUGCGGACCGACUGGAUCGAUCUGAACUGUAACACGUCCGGCAACCUGCUGCUUCCCGAGCAGGAGGCUCUCGAGGUCACACGGGUCUUCCUGAAGAAGCUCAACCAGAGGAGCCGGGGGAAGUACCAGCUGCAGCGCAUCCUGAAUGUGGAGAAACGGCAGGACCAUCUCCGUGGGGGCCGCUACCUCCUGGAGCUCGAGCUGCUGGAGCAAGGCCAGCGCCUGGUGCGGCUCUCCGAGUUCGUGUCCACACAAGGCUGGCAGGGCAUCGAUGCAGCUGGUGGGGAAGAGGCCGAGGCCCGGAACCUGCAGGGCCUGAUUUGGAGCCCACAUGACCGCCGGAGGCACGUCCUGAGCCUCCGGGCCCCAGAGCCCAAGCUGUGCUGGCCCCAGGGCUUCUCCUGGAACCACCGCGCCAUGGUCCACUUCAUUGUGCCUGUAAAGAACCAGGCACGCUGGGUGCAGCAGUUCAUCCGAGACAUGGAGACGCUGUUCUGGGUCACUGGAGACCCACACUUCAACAUCAUCAUCACUGACUACAGCAGUGAGGACAUGGAUGUCGAGAUGGCCCUGAAAAGGUCCAAGCUGAGGAGUUACCAGUACCUGAAGCUGAGUGGGAACUUCGAACGCUCGGCCGGACUCCAGGCUGGUGUGGACCUGGUGAAGGACCCGCACAGCAUCAUCUUCCUCUGUGACCUCCACAUCCACUUCCCCGCCAGCAUCAUCGAUACCAUCCGCAAGCACUGUGUAGAGGGCAAGAUGGCCUUCGCCCCCAUGGUGAUGAGGCUGCAAUGUGGGGCCACCCCCCAGUGGCCUGAGGGCUACUGGGAGGUGAAUGGAUUUGGGCUGCUUGGCAUCUACAAGUCUGACCUGGACAGGAUCGGCGGCAUGAACACCAAGGAGUUCCGAGACCGCUGGGGUGGGGAGGACUGGGAGCUGCUGGACAGGAUCCUCCAAGCAGGCCUGGAAGUGGAACGUCUCUCCCUCCGCAACUUCUUCCAUCACUUCCAUUCCAAGCGAGGCAUGUGGAAUCGCCGCCAGAUGAAGAUGCCGUGAUCCCGAGGGGUGGCCCACUGGACCGACCGCUUCCUGCCCCUGGACCGCAGUUGCUCGGCCGGUGCCCACUCACUGCUGGAGGAGACGAGGGGAGCAGGAGCCAUGCUGGGCCCAAGGGGCCUCCAAGCCAACGCCCCCUGCACCGGCAUGCAUCCUUGUGGGACAAGGCUGAGGCCUGCUCUCCACCCCGGGCCUCUGGAGGGAGGACUUUGGGAGGGGAGCCCGGAGAUGGUACACAGACGGAGCAGCUCCCGGGAAGGUCGGCAGAACCAGGCCGAGGAAGGAAAGUGCUGCUUGGUGGAUACCAGCCUGAUCCGGGAGGUGCGGUCCAGGAUCUGCCUGGUGCUCCUCCAGAGAACAGUGACCAGGGACUGGAAGCUCUUCUAUUGGAGUAUUUUAUUGGGUUUUAUUUUUUUAACAGAAAACCAAAACUGAAACUGUCCAGGUGCAGCAUAAACUGUGAGGUGGGCAGAGCCGUGCAUUUAGGGAGGGUCCCCCUUGCAUACCUCAGACCCACUCCCGGGUACAGGUGUGUUCUCAGUCCUUCACCUGGCAGCUGACUUAUAGCCGAGGAGCUGGCCCCACGUGGAGAGUUCUCAGCUCCAUCCUAGACCUGUGCCUCCAGGCCACGCAUAUCUAUCCCAGGCAGCUGGCCACCGACUAGGGCAUUAACCUUACUCUCCAGGCGGCGCUCACUCCAGACCCACCAGACGCACAGAACUGGCCUCCUCUUCCGGGGGCUGCAGGGGGCUGGGCACCAGAAGCUGGUGGGCGGUGGGCCCCUCACUCCCUGUGUUGGGUGGAUAGGCCGUGCAGAAUGGGCAAGGUGGGGAAGGCAGGGACAAGAAGCCCUUUUCCCAUCCCAGGCACCUGUGGGCUGGGGCCUUGGGGACUACAUGAAACAGAGAGGGAAGGGGGUGAGGGUGGGUCCAGCAGGAAGGGAUGGGAAGGGAAGUAGAAAGCUUGAGUCCUCACAGCCCAGCGCCCUCCUGCAGGGAGAGCCCCAGGCAGCCCCCUGGGGGAUGGGUGAAUGGGUGACACUCUGAACUGGAAAACAGGGACCAGGGCAGAAGGUUUGGGGAGACACGUGUAUGGCUGAGAUAUCUCCCCACUGGGAGCAGCGCUGGAGGACUGAAAAGUGAAGCCGUUUCAAGGAACGUGGCCCUUGGCCUUUGUAGUCUGGGGCACCCUUUCUGUCACCCCCAUCUCGCACUUAUCUUGCACUAAUAACUCCAGGUGCCUUUGCAGCUGGGGAGUCUUCUGCUGCUGCUGCCUCUUGCCACUGCUGCUGAGUCACCUGCGGUGCAUUGGACACUGCAUCUUGCACCCCAGUGUCCUGUUAGGGAGGUGAGCGCGGGGCUCCCCUCUGUGAAGAAGGGCUUAUUGGGGUGCAGCAGGGCCCAGGCCCCAUGCUGUGACAAAGGCCAAGUCACGGCACCUGGGGCGGCAGGGUCUACCUGGUGGCCCUGCACUCACUAAGAGCUUAAAUUUAGCAUAUGGGAGAACAGAGCCUCUCAAGAACCUUCUGGAGGUUGAAGAGAAUGCCUGCCUCCCUCAAGAAAUCAGGAAGGACACAGACUUUUCAAUGAAUAGAUUGUGGUUUGUGGAUACCAUAUCUGCCCCCGGGCUCGGUCUUUUUAUUGUCCCUGUUCAGGCUCCUUCCCUUUGUGAAAGGGCUGUAGGGAGUAGGCAAGAGCUGCCUGAGGUGACAGGCUUCUCUCUGGGGCCACUCUUGUCCCUGGGCACUGCCCUGAAAGGCCCGAGCCCACGCAGGCAGCCCUCCCAUUUCACCCUCCUGAUGACAGGAGCCCGCCGGCUCCCCUGCCCAGCCCGCCACCCGCUCCGCCCUGGCCAGUGCCUUGCAUUUGGUGUUUGUUACCUCCACUCCGUCUGCCUUAACGGGGAGGGCCUGGCCCCGCCCCGACUGUCUGGGGACACGUGUAGGGUUGGGGGAGGGAAGCAUUAAUACAGCAUCUUCUCAGAAAACCAAA